CCUGACUACAGUACGUGCAUCAUUGUCAUUCCUCGCUCGUUGCACGUCCCCCCUCGUUCAUUACACAUAUGUAAUGAACAUAUACUCAGUUGAUUCUCCACCAUCGUCAAAACACUUCACCUCUGACAUUAUUCCACUCCCUCCAGUGAGAUCUACCGUCGCCAAUAAGAAUUCAUCACCCCCGAGGAUUAACCACCAACGAAGUGAAAUAUCCGACGUCACGGGGAUAACAAACCCCCGAGAUAUGUGCGAGGAUCAACGAAGGGAACAGCAGACUCCCUCCUAUUCCAUCCAACCAUAAAAACAAAAGGCAAGACCUGAAAAAAUCUCCCACAGAAUCAACAUCUCCCGAAUAAAAAAAGUACAGGUGAACGAACCAGCGAACGAAAACAUCAAUUAUCCAGUGAAAAAAAGUGUUGUAACCCUCGGUUAUGUCGCACGUUUUAUGUGCUCCGUCAUGAGUUGUCUUGCGCAAUCCACUGAUGCAUCACUGGUGUUGGCAUUAGCCAUGUAAUAACCUUACACAGUCACAAAACUCGUUGGCCCACUGUAUUUGUUAAUUUUCAUUUUGUUAUUUUCGGUUCGAGGUGUAAAGUGGAACUCAUGGUUCAUCGGGAGUGUGUCUUGUGAGGGUGAUAAACGAGGAUAUUUACCUGUAUGAUGUGAAGGCGUUGCCCCACAUCGGCGUCGUCGCCGUCGUGGGUUUUUUUUUCUUUCUUUUUUACUGUUAAUUUUGAUAAUUUUUUUUCCCCCAUAUGAGCUUUUCAUUUGAUGCACCUUCGCAUAAUCGAGCUGGUUACCUGAUUUAACGCCAAGUAGAGGCAUCUGAUUAUUUUCGUAUAUUAUCAUUUGAUUUAUGCAGACGAGUGAUAGAGGAGGAUUGAGCUGAGGGUAUAGAGGUUAAUAGACAAUGUCUCAAUUAAACAUAAGCACGGGUAAACGAGGCAGGGGAGUUGUUGCCAGUACCUCAGCAACAGCUGUGUCUGCGUCGAGUAGCUCCACAGAUUUGGCUAGUCUGUUUGAGUGCCCUGUCUGCUUCGAAUACGUCCUGCCACCGAUUCUGCAAUGUCAGAGUGGACACUUGGUGUGCAGCAAUUGUCGACCCAAAUUGAGCUGUUGUCCAACGUGUCGUGGACCAUUAGGUAAUAUUAGGAAUCUUGCCAUGGAAAAGGUAGCCAGUAACGUUAUGUUCCCUUGCAAAUACUCCACCAGUGGUUGCACAGUAUCAAUGGUGCAUAUUGAAAAACCCGACCAUGAGGAUGCUUGUGAAUUCCGUCCGUACAGCUGCCCCUGUCCUGGUGCAUCCUGCAAGUGGCAGGGAUCCCUUGAGGAGGUCAUGCCACAUCUCGUUAUGAGCCACAAAAGCAUUACUACACUUCAAGGUGAAGAUAUCGUAUUUUUGGCGACCGACAUUAAUCUACCAGGUGCUGUUGACUGGGUGAUGAUGCAAUCAUGCUUCGGCCACAACUUCAUGCUCGUUCUCGAGAAACAGGAGAAAUACGAUGGGCACCAGCAGUUUUUCGCAAUAGCCCAGUUAAUUGGCUCGAGAAAACAGGCUGAAAAUUUUUCAUACCGACUAGAGUUAAAUGGUAAUCGUCGUAGACUCACCUGGGAGGCAAUGCCACGUUCAAUACACGAGGGUGUUUGUUGUGCGAUAUUAGCAUCAGAUUGCCUUGUUUUCGAUACGUCAAUUGCCCGACGUUUUGCCGACAAUGGUAAUCUCGCGAUAAAUGUCACAAUAUCCAUGGUUUAACUAAAAAUUUAAAAUUUAAAUCCGAGAUAACGAUUAAUCCUAAUUCAUUAAUUUUUCGCUAGCUGGAUAAAUGACAGAUUUACGUAUUUCAGAGGAAUAUCAUUUGAUGAAUAAUUUUCUUUUUAUUCAGUUAAUUUCUAAUUAAAUCACUGCGUAAAGCGCUAAUGAAAGUUUAGACUGAAAACAAAAUUAAAAAAUUAUGUACAUUGUGGUAAUCAUAGCUAAUUAGCUUUGUAGAAUAUUACUAUUUGAUCUAAGCAUUCUGAUGAAAUAAUGAUGCGUAAUUAAGUAAUGCUGUGAAUACUAUUAUUAUACAAUUCGGUGCAUUAUCAUUGUAUCAAUUUUUUUUUUCAACGAAACAAACGAAAAAUGAUUGAACAGACAAUUACCUUUCUCGCGUUAUUUCUCUUGUGUAAUUUGACUAUUGGAAUUCAAUGAUUUCCUGCACAUUCAGUGGAACAAUACGUCUCAUGUAUGAUUUAUAAAUUAAUUAGUGUUAACAAUUAUUAAUGACUGCCUCGAGGUGAUAUCCAUUGUUCUCAAAUUUAAUUUUCUAUAUCUAGUUCCAAAUUCCAAUUGAUAAUAAACAAUUUCUAGACCUUAUAAAACAUUUUAAAAUAAAAUGAUAAAGCAAAACGCUUCGAAUACAUGUUAUCGACCAUUUUUUUCUUUAUCAAAACUCAAUUCGUAGGAGUUUUAUGAUUAAUAGUCAAAAAGGUGAUAUUUGGUUGGCAACUAAGAUUAUGGAAAUUCUUUUGCACACGAACUUAUGAAUGUUUUUCAUUAAUCAGUUCUUAUUUGUAAAUAUAAUUCAUUAAAAACAUCGUAAUGGUAAA